GUGGUAACUGUUUCCUGUCUGUUUACAAUCGGUGGCAUGUAAACAAUUUGUACUAAAAUAAAGGGGCGAUAUUAAGGUGUGGUUGGUUUUUAAAAAUGUUAUAAAAAUGACCAAUUCGGACUUUGUUAAAUUGUAUUUUAGUACAUAUAAAGUGUGUGUUAUGUGAUUUUAUUGUGUAUGUGUUUUUUUGUUUGCUUUAUAAUCGGUUUAAAUGUCAGAAAGUUUAGGUUAUGCUCCAGUGAUCAUACUAGCACUGCUAAAAGUCCCUUUUUUCUUGAAAUGAGCAAUUGGGCAGCUAGAAUGCAUCGGCGAGCUGCCACUUUCGGUAACGUUGUCACAUCUUGUGGUCACCCUACUGGACAUUUCCCAAGAAGACUCGAAAAAGUAAAAUUUGGUGUUUCUCUAGAAGAAGUCUGUAAAAACGAUAUUCCGGGACCACUUUUGGUACUCAUUCUAAAGUUAAACAAAGAAGCACCUUACAGAAAAGAUGUUUUCAGGGCUCCUGGUAACCAGGGUGCCAUGAAGAAACUCAUACAUUUUCUGCAGACUGGAAGACUGGUUAAUAUGGACAAUUUUAGUGUAUACACAAUAGCAAGUGUUCUCAAAAAAUUUCUUAGAAAAGUGCCAGGAGGUGUGUUCGGUAAAGACAUUGAAAAUAAGUUUUUCCAAAUUAUAGAUGUUAUGGAUUUUCAAGUACAACAAGAAGAGAUUCAUAAAAUCAUUAUUUCAUUGCCAGUAUAUACACAAAGACUAUUGGUGUUGUUGUUUGGUACAUUCAGGGUAAUAGCUUCGAAUAGCGAAAAGGCAGCUACUGGUAUGACUAGCGAAGCUUUAGGAGUUAGUGUAGCACCAAGCUUUUUCCAUUCUUGCGUGAGCGAUGGAAAAACUGCCAGAAUGGAAGACGUCACAAAAUACAAGGUUGCAUCCAGAGUGAUGAAACACCUGAUUGAAGAAUUUGCCAGUUCCAAUCUCUUUGGGAGAGAAAACUACGAGUACUAUGCCAGGGUUACAGGGCGUGUAUUGAGAAUUCAAGGAGAAUGGAUCUGUUCCUUCCAAUACCCACCACCUCCAACAAAUGGAUCUUUCCCUAACGAAUAUACGGCACUAGAAAGAUAUUUGCUUGCCAUGUCCCAAAUGGACGAAUGUCAGUCGACGCCAACUUUGUUAGAAUCUGGAGUACAACCACAAGUUAGCUUGACAUCGUUGGGGAUUAUAGUGGGGCAUGAGUUACUGGAGUCCUGCACACGACUUUCGGUGUCUUUAGAGCAAAAUGGACUGUUUCAGAAUAACGCUUCUCGUUCUUUGAGUGCAAGUCAGUCUUCCAGACUUAGUCAGAACUAUUCUGGAUUAAAAAUGACUUUAGACGAACUUAAGGCUGUCAAUAAGUAUGCAGAAAGUACAAGAAGUUUAAGCUAUUUAUUACAAGUGCACGAGAGACAAACCGAAAGAAUGAAAACAAGAUCUCAAUGGUUUUUGGGCCCAUCCGUCGACUGCGCCAGUUGUCGCAACUCUUUGGAUUUUCCAUUGAACGAGAUGGAUGUUUCCGCUUUAACUAAUGCAUUUUUACGAAAAUCUUCGUCGGGGACCAUAGUCGGUAUUGCCGGUUUAUCGCUAAGUGCAGAAUCUGUCCAAAAGAGACCAAGUGUCAAACGAGCAAAUUCCAGAGACAAAAGGCUUCUUCAUAGAACGACGAGUAGACGAAAUAAAGAAAAUAAUCCUCGUCCUAAUAACUAAAUAGUUUCGACUAAAUUUUUUAUAAUUCCAUUUUAAAUUAAUGUAAUAAUUGGUAUAUUUGUGGUUUAUGGGAUGGCAUAGAAUUUUAAGACUUUUGUAUGUAAUAUAUUUAUAUUAAAUAUUAAAUGGAACAUGUCUGAAUUUUAUAAUCUGGUAAUAUUUAACUACCAGUUAACUAUCUGUGAUAUAGUUUUUAAGAAAUUGAUGUAUUAUUUAUAAUAUAUAACUUAAAAUACCAGUGUGUUCAAUGUCUAUUUUCCUUGUUUCAAGGUUCUUUUAAUUAUAAAAUAAAAUGGCAUUUAUUUAUU